GCUCUGCUUUUCUACAAUUUCUUCUCAAGUUCAAGAGCUCCUCAUUUAACCAAGGCAUAGGGUUCCUUUUUUGACAUUUCAACUUCCUUACGGGAGCAACAGAGUCCAGUAGUUCAAGAAGUGUAUUAUUAAGAUUCGCAGUCAAGGUGUCCACACAUAACUCCUGAGUAAAAAUAGGGUCCAACACAUCAGGUAGAUGUAAUUUAACUCCAAGCAAUGCUUCAGGGCUAAUAUAACGAGAUGAUCUGAGGGGAACUUUCCCCUCACAGAAGCUGGAGAUUUAGGGAUUAAAAUAUCAAAUAAAAUUGCGAAGUGGUCUAGAAUAGGUAAAACGCAAUUUUCAGUAAUUGAUACAUUCAGCCCGUAGCCUAAGACAAGGUCUAGGGUGUGGCCCUUGCGUGUUGGCCCAGACACAAAUUGUGUGAAGUUUAAGGAAUCAAUUACAUUUAAGAAAUCUUUGAGCAGGGGUUUAUCCUCACAACACAGAUGAAUAUUAAAGUCCCCCACUAUAAGAAUCCUUUCAUAGAAGUCUGAAAAUUCCAAAAUAAACAAGUCAUUAUAUUUAGGUGAACGAUAGAUUACUAUAAUUAGAACCACGGGACAGCCUAAAGUCAGAAGUUGGGACUCAAAUGAGGUAAAAACACCAGGACUUUCUGUUUGCAUUUAAAACAGUCUUUGAUGAUAGAGGCUACCCUGCCUCCCCUCCCACACAACCUGGGGGCGCUGAAGAAGCUGGCAUCGGUGGGGCAAAGUUCCAUGGCGACCAAUAAAGCAGCCUCGGGUGAGCGUGCUCCGAUGACGUCGGGUAAACAGGAAGAAGGCAGCGCUGAGGCCAAAAUAAAGUCCUAAGCAGCCAGGGUCACCGAUGGUAAGGACCCGCCGCAUCCAAUUUCUGACCCGAACACGCUUCCCAGAGCGCGUGCCGCGCAUUCGUCCACUUCUCCAGCGCUUCCGUUUCGAAGGAUUUCAGGGGGGGAUCACGGCGAUGCAGUUCCCCCGGUACCGAGGCGUCCUCCACAUCCUGGCUAACGCUGGGGAGCUUCAACAGCUCCUCCCACCACACAGAAGCAGAUGUUUUAAAAACACAGAUUUUCCAGCCUUCUUUCUCAUCUGUAGCUUUUUGUCGGAAAGAAGUCGCAAUGUUUUUCACGCUGUUUUCAGCAACCACCUGGACUUUGCUGGUCCUGCUUUUCACGCUGAUAUUACUGUACGGAUUAUGGCCAUAUCGGUUCUUCAAAAAGCUGGGGAUACCUGGACCGAGGCCCCUGCCUUAUAUUGGAACGAUGCUGGGCAUAAGAAAGGGAAUUCUUGGUUUUGACCUAGAGUGUCAUGCCAAGUAUGGUGACAUCUGGGGGUUGUACGAUGGACGAACGCCGUUGUUAAUGGUGGCUGACCCUGAGAUUGUUAAAACCGUGAUGGUGAAGGAGUGCUACUCUGUGUUCACCAACCGCAGGGUAAGAAGCUCCUCUUUCUAUCAUAUACCAAAGUUUGUGGCUCCUUACAGUUUAGACACUGUGACCAGUGCUUCUUUCAGUGUGGAGACAGACUCCAUAAACAAUCAGAAUGAUCCAGUUAAUGUUCAAGUGCAGAAGUUCCUUAAAUUCAAAAUGUGGCUUUUGUUAUUCAUAAUGGCAGUUCCCUUUGGUGGACGUCUGGCAAAGUUCCUGAACAUGGAAAUCACACCCAAGGACAGUGUUGACUUUUUCUAUAACCUCCUCAAGAAAUUUAAAAACCAGCAUCAUGAAGACAAAUCUGCUCGAGCAGACUUCCUGCAGGUGUUGAUCCAGAGUGAGAUCCCAGAAAAGACGUAUAAGAACGAUGAAGAACAGCCAAGUAAAGGUUUGACUGAACAUGAGAUCCUUUCCCAGGCCUUGGUCUUCAUCUUUGGAGGCUACGAGACCACCAGUACCACUCUAACUAACAUCCUUUAUAAUCUGGCCACCAACCCUGAUGCGUUGCAGACCUUACACAAAGAAAUUGAUGCUAACCUGAAGGAAGAUGCACCCAUUUCAUAUGAAGAGCUGACCGGUCUACAGUACCUGGACCAAGUUAUACUUGAAUCAAUGCGACUGUUUCCCACUGCCCCUCGCCUCAACAGGGUGUGCAAAAGAACUGUGCAAGUGAAUGGACUCACCAUCCCUGAAGGAACCACAAUUAGGAUUCCUGCGUGGGUGUUGCACAAAGACCCACGCUACUGGGACUCACCUGAGCUUUUUAGACCAGAGAGGAUCUAACUGGCCAGUGGGUCCCUAAUCCCUGCUUAGAUGGUUUGGCAUCUUUACGUUGUA